CCCUUUCUUCUUCGAUCUAGACGCACGCAAGCUCUUCUUCCUUCGGCUAUCUUGCGCGUCGGGCUCCUGGCUGACCCUCUCCCACGCUGAAAUAUCUCUUCUUCUUGCAAGAAUAAGCUUCCUUUCUGAGAUUAAUUGCUUUUCUAGGUAUGAUGAAUUUUAAAGAGUGGCUUUCUUGCCAUUCUAUAUCUAAAUCACUGCUCUCGACAAGGCCAUUCAGCUUCUUUUAUGAUGAAUCAUCAGAAAGAGAAUUUUGGCAUCAUGGCACCAUGGACAUGGUAACUGGUGCGACGAUUUCUUCUGAAAGAACUCUAAGUGAGAACCAAGUAAACGUAUCAUCAGCCCAUGAGCAGUCCCUUGUGACUGAAGCGUCCGCUCUAGCUCAAUAUAAUAGCAACAAAGGGAACAAAGAUCCUUUGACUCAAGUUGAGGCAUUUCAGCUCAGCUUCCUCCGUCUUGUCCAACGAAUUGGGCAGUCACCAGCAAAUCCUGUUGUUCUUCAGGUUCUAUACCGGUUGGAGCUUGCAAGCUUGAUACGAGCUGCUGAAUCCAACGUAAAGAAGCCUGGCCUUAAGAUUGAUAAAGCUAAAGCUCUAGCGUUAGCUCUGGAAGAGUCAGGCCAUGAUGAUAUUGAUUUCUCUUUAAAGAUACUUGUCCUUGGAAAGACUGGCGUGGGUAAGAGUGCAACCGUAAACUCUUUAUUUGAUGAAGCAAAAGUAACCACCAAUGCAUUUCGGCCUUCAACGGAGGGUAUUCAGCAGGUUGUUGGGACUAUCAAAGGGAUCAAAGUCACAUUUAUUGAUACGCCUGGCCUUUUACCUUCGAAUAACAACCAGCGUAGGAACAGGAAGAUCUUGAUUGAAGUCAGAAAGUUUAUUAGGAAAUCCCCUCCGGAUGUCAUUCUUUACUUCGAACGACUUGAUUUUUUUGACAGGAUUUACUAUGAUUUCCCUUUGCUUAAGCUUAUCACCAAUGUCUUCGGUUCUUCCAUCUGGUUUAACACUAUUCUUGUUAUGACUCAUUCUUCAUCCCCUUUACCAGAAGGAAUGGAUGGUUAUCCAGUAAGCUACGAGGAAUUUGUGGGCCAACGUACAAAACUUCUGCAAUCAUACAUACACCAAGCAGUAUCCAAUACUCAGCUUGAGAAUCCUGUCCUUUUAGCGGAGAAUCAUCCUAUGUGCAUGAAAAAUUCCAAAGGAGAGAAGGUUCUUCCCAAUGGUCAAGCUUGGUUGUCACAGCUUUUGCUGUUAAGCAUAUCUACUAAGGUGUUGGGUGAUGCGAAUUCCCUUCUAAAGUUUCAAAACAGCUUUCAAUUUGUGAAGUCUGAUAGUAUCAGACAGCCUUCAUUACCACAUCUCCUUUCAUCACUUCUUCAACCACGUUCAACGGGGACCAACAUAGGUGGAAAUGAUUUUCAGGUGGAUGAUCUAUCAGAUGGUGAGGAGGAUGAAUAUGAUCAGCUUCCACCAAUCCGUAUCCUAACCAAGGCCCAGUACCAGCAAUUAUCUAGAUUGCAGAAAAAUGCAUAUCUGGAUGAAUUGGACUAUCGGGAGACUCUGUAUCUAAAGAAACAAUGGAGAGCAGAGAUUAGAAGGAAUAAAGAAAGAUUGGUUUCAAAUAGUGAUGCAUCUGAAAGCAGUGAAUAUGAAAACAGUUCUUCACAUGAGGUUGUCCAGUUGCCGGACAUGGCUAUUCCAUUAAGUUUUGACUCCAAUUGCCCUUCUCAUAGAUACCGAUGGUUACUGGGAACUAAUGAAUGGCUUCUUCGGCCUGUUCUAGAUUCCCAAGGAUGGGAUCAUGAUGUUUGUUUUGAUGGGAUCAGCUUGGAUUUUUCUAAACAAAUCAAAGGAAACCUUACAGCUUCAGUUGCAGGUCAGAUGAGGAAGGACAAGGUGGAUUUCAGUAUCCAAUCCGAUUCUGGAGUAAAAUUUGUGCAUGGAAAGUACUUUUUUGUGUCAGCUUUUGACAUUCUAACGGCAGGCAAGGCUUUGGUUUGCACUUUUCGUGGAGAUUUCAAGUUCAAGAAUUUGAACUGCAAUAGUACAGGCUGCGGGGUUUCUCUGACUUCAUUCGGCAAAAUGCAUUUCAUUGGAGCUAAGCUUGAGGACUCUAUUUCACUUGGUAAGAGGUUUAAGCUUGUAGCCAAUACAGGUCGUCUUGUAGGCAAUAGUCAGGAGACAUACGGUGGAAGCGUGGAGGCAACAAUAAGAGGAAAGGAUUUUCCUGUGAGAGACGAGAAAGUUACCGUUGCUGCUAACUUCCUUACAUAUGAUAAAGACAUGGUUCUUGGAGGAAGUUUUCAGACUGACUUCCGGGUAGGUCGUGUUGCAAAGAUGUCUUUCAAUGCAAAUAUGAACAGCAGAAGCUUAGGUCAGAUUUCAUUUAAAGUCAGCACAUCAGAGCAUUUUGAAUUGGGGUUAAUAACGGCUGUUUCGCUUAUUCAAGCUCUGUUCCAUAAGAGAAAUAAGAGCCAUGAGUGGGAGAAGACUUGAGAUUUAGGCUUCGUUUGGAACAGCUUUCAUACUGCUUUCUAAAAUAGUUUUCUAGUACAAAAUUUUCUAAUUCAAGAAAUUUUUGUUCUAGAAAGCUUUUUAAAAAGUAACAAAAAAGCUGUCCCAAAUGAAACAAUGCAAUUUUGUCACCUGUUCAUUGUAUUUUACGAGAUAUUUGCACAGGUUCACUGGUGAAGAAGGAAUUUAGCUGACCGGUAUCUAUACAUCUAUUAAUAAUAACACAUGUUUCUAUUCAAUUUGUUGAUUAUUUCCAGCAGCCAAGCUUUUUGGUAAAAAUGGAAAAUUAAUGGCAUCUACAUCCACGUUGUCAGUA